AUGUCUGAGCCAUUCCCUUGGGAGAUUGGGGUUCACGAUGCCCAUUGUCACCCCACCGACACAAUGGCCUCGGUGUCCGACAUCCCGCACAUGAAAACCGCAACACUGACGAUCAUGGCCACACGCGGGGAUGACCAGGAUCUUGUACAACAGACAACCGAGUCUUGCUCCGCCCAAUCAAAAACUGAGCGCAUUGUCCCCUGCUUCGGCUGGCACCCAUGGUUCUCGCAUCAAAUCUCGAACGCAGCUUCAGCAGAGCCCCAAAAUAAGAGAGACCACUACGACAGUGUCCUGAUACCUUCACCAGCCGAUGACCAAGCUUUCAUCGACACACUUCCCGACCCUAAGCCCCUCUCCGAGCUCAUCUCCGAAACCCGAGCUCGACUUGAAAAGUUCCCCACCGCUCUUGUCGGCGAGAUCGGCCUGGACAGAUCAUUUAGAAUUCCUGGCCCAUGGACUGAUGAAGAAAUCGAGAAUCGCAAUGAUCAAGUCACGCCAGGCUCGCGUGAGGGCCGCCGCCUUUCCCACUAUCGCGUGAAACCAGAGCACCAACGCUUAAUCUUAAAAGCGCAACUCCAAUUAGCAGGGGAGAUGAACCGGGCUGUCUCAGUACACAGCGUGCAAGCGCACGGCGCCGUCGUGGAUGUCUUGAAAGAAGUGUGGGCAGGUCAUGAGCGCGUCAUUCUUUCACGACGCAAAAGAGACAGGCAACGAGAUGCGGAGGGGGUAUUCGAGGAGGAGGAAGACAUAGCUUCGACGCCGAAGCCCUUCCCGCCUCGCAUUUGCAUGCACUCCUACUCUGGCUCGGUAGACCCCAUUCGCCAGCUGAUGCACAAGUCCAAUCCGUCUGAUGUUUACUUCUCGUUCUCGAAUUUGAUCAAUUUCAAUGGUGCGCCAGCAAGGAAGAUCGCUGACGUUGUGAAAGCUCUACCCGAGAAUAGGAUCCUGAUUGAGAGCGACCUCCACAAGGCUGGUGAUGAGCUGGAUGAAUUGAUGGAAAAGGUGGCAAGGGAUAUCUGUAAAUUACGUGGAUGGGAGCUGAGGCAUGGUGUUCAGUUGCUAGCUGAUAACUGGCGACGGUUUGUUUAUGGCUAG